AAAGGGCGCCGGCUGGCUGUGCCGCGCUGGGAAGCCGAGCUGUCUCGCCCCCGGCCCCGGAAGGGCCAUGGCCCCGGCGGACUCCCAGCCGUGACUCGCGCGCCCGGGCCACGCGGAUGCUCCCGGCGCACCGUUCCCGUGGGUCGCGGCUUCCAAAGGGCAGGUAUCCGAUGACUAGACGCCCCGGCAAGAUGCCCACGCCAGCUCCCUGGGGGGCGCUCUCCGUGGUCCUGAUCCUGCUCUGGGGCCAGCCUCCCGCGGCGCGGGCCUGUCCACACCCCUGCGCCUGCUAUGUUCCCAGCGAGGUCCACUGCACCUUCCGGUCCUUGGCCUCUGUGCCCGCUGGGAUCUCCAAAGACGUGGAAAGGAUCAAUCUGGGGUUUAAUAGCAUACAGGCCCUGUCCGAAACCUCAUUUGCAGGGCUGAGCAAGCUGGAGCUCCUCAUGAUUCACGGCAACGAGAUCCCAAGCAUCCCGGAUGGAGCUCUGAGAGAUCUCACCUCCCUGCAGGUUUUCAAGUUCAGCUACAACAAGCUGCGGGCGAUCUCAGCGCGCACGCUGCAGGGCCUGUCCACCCUGCUGAGGCUGCACGUGGACCACAACAGGAUCGAGUUCAUCCACCCGCAGGCGUUCAGCGGCCUGACCUCCCUGCGGCUGCUGCACCUGGAAGGCAACCUGCUGCAGCAGCUGCACCCCGGCACCUUCUCCACCUUCUCCUUCCUGGGCUACUUCCGCCUCUCCACCGUGCGGCACCUCUACCUAGCAGACAACCGGCUCCGCGCGCUGCCCGCCGGCAUGCUCGGGAACAUGCCCCUGCUGGAGAACCUCUACCUGCACGGGAACCCCUGGACCUGCGGCUGCGACAUGAGGUGGUUCCUGGGAUGGGACGCCAGGUCCAAAGGGAUUCUGAAGUGCAAGAAGGACAAAGCGUACGAAGGCGGUCAGCUCUGCGCCGCGUGCGCCGCUCCCAGGAAGCUGCACAAACAGGAGCUCCACACGCUGAGGGACGUCGCCUGUCUGAAGCCCUCCAUAGAGUCUCCCCUGAGACGCAACGGCAGCCGAGAUCUGGAGGAGGGGCAGGGGCAGGAGGAGGGCGGCGACAGCCAGGUGGCCCUGGAGGGCUUCCAGCUGCACCCGUGGAACAUCUCCUUGAACAUGACCGACGAGCACGGGAACACAGUGAACUUGCUCUGCGGCAUCCGGAAGCCCAUCGGUGUGCACAGGAUUCAACUGAACCAAACGGAUCCUCCGGAGAUCGACGUAAACGCAACGGUCGCCUUGGACUUCGAGUGCCCCAUGACGCGGGAAAACUACGAAAAGCUGUGGAAACUGAUAGCGUACUACAGCGAGGUCCCCGUGAAGCUCCGGCGGGAAGCCCUGCUGAGCAGAGAGCCCGGAGCGAGCUACCAGUACAGGCAGGGCGCGGAUGACGACGCCCUGUACUACACGGGGGUCAGAGCCCAAAUUCUUGCGGAGCCGGAGUGGGUCAUGCAGCCCUCCAUAGAAAUCCAGCUGAACCGCCGCCAGAGCACGGCCAGAAAGGUGCUGCUGUCCUACUACGCACAGCACUCUCAGACCCUGUCCGCCAAAGACAUGGCGGCGCAGGCUCGGAGCAGAAGCUGGGUGAUGAUCGAGCCGGGCGGGGCCGUGCAAAGGGCUCAGACGGUGCUGGAAGGCAUGUCGUGCCAGCUGAGCUGCAACGUGAAGGCUUCCGAGAGCCCAUCCAUCUUCUGGGUGCUUCCCGACGGCUCCGUCCUGAAAGCACCCACGGACGGCCAGGAUGGCAGGUUCUCCGUCCUCAGCAGCGGCUGGCUGAGGGUAAGGUCUACGCAGCAGUCUGACUCUGGUUUGUAUCGGUGCAUUGCUCAGGUGAGAGAUGAAACGGACCAGAUCACCUACAGGGUGCUGGUGCAGCCUCCCUCCUCCCUGCCCCCCGAGAGGGACACGGUGACCAUCGCCAAGAACCCGGGGGAGCCGGUGAUGCUGCCUUGCCGCGCCCUGGCAGUACCGGAGGCACACCUCAGCUGGAUUCUUCCUGGGAAAAGGAUCGUUCACGAGCUGGCCAACACCUCCCACGCGUACAUGUUGGCCGAUGGAACUCUUUCCAUCCCGAGGGUCCAAGUCGGCGACGGCGGCUACUACAGGUGCGUGGCCAUCAACCAGCAAGGGGCAGACCAAUUCUCCGUGGAGGUCACCGUCAGUCGGAAAGGGUCCGCAAGGUCCUCCAAGAAAGGCAGGCGCCCGGAUGCCAAAGCUCUUCCCAGAGGGAGGGAGGACGUCGUGGAGGAUGAAGGGGCCUCAGGGCUAGGGGACGAGGAUGGCUCUUCCAGGAGGACCCUACAAGAGAAGGACCAAGAGGCGUCCCUCAAAGCAAAGGAGGAGGCCAGCUCGGGGGACAAGAAAUCCAAGAAGGGGAGAAGAAAGCUGAAAGCCUGGAAGCAUCCAGAGAAAGAACCGGAGAGCAAUGUUGCAGAGGGGCGCAGGGCGUUCGAGUCCAGGCGCAGGAUAAACGUGGCGAACAAGCAGAUCAAUCCUGAGCGCUGGGCUGAUAUUCUAGCCAGGGUCCGUGGGAAAAAUCUCCCCAAGGGGACACAAGUGCCCCAGGUCGUUAAAACCACUACUCCUCCACCCGUGAGUCUAGAAGCAACACCUCCUUCCCCGGUGGUCCCUCCUCCUCCCUCAUCCCCCGUGGAGACAGCAAUGGAUGCCAAGGAAUCCUCCGCAGAUAUGUCUCUAUUUGGGGAGGAAGAGCAGGCGCUGGGGGCCAUGUCCUCACCCAGCAUGGCACCAGAAUAUGACAGCCAUGGAGCCGUUCCUGCCGGCCCCCAAGUGACAGGCUCGCCAGUGGAAGAAGAAGUCAUCGAUGGUGCAUUUUCUGAGAAGGUGGAGGAGAUGUCUCCCACGGAAGCUGACACGAAGUGGGUCGAGGCCCCGACACUGAUGUCUGACCCUUACGAGUCCUCUUCUGCUCUCCACGCCCUGGACGCCGUCUCCGGAGAGCCCAUCCACGAAGAGACAGCAACAGGGAGCUGGACCACAGGAGACGCCGGGUCCACGCUGGAGCCCACGUUGAAUGAGUACGAGCCCCCGCUGCGUGCUGUCUCUUUGGCCGAGUCUGAGGCGAUGCAAUACUUCGACCCAGAACUAGAGACGCAUCCGCAGCCGGGUGAGGACAAGACGAGAGAACCUGCCUCUGCACGCUUUGCUACGACCCCCGCCGCGUGGGUUACCGACCUCGGCUCGCUGGAGACGUUUGAAGAUUCCGCUGUAGGGGAGGCGGAGGUCCCGGGCCAGUUUCAUCUCCAAGGACUCACAGACAACAUCCGGCCUGUGAAAAGCAGUGGAAGCACUCAAGGCACCCCACUGAUUGAAAAGGGUGUAGAGGAGACGUCCCACACACCACAGGAGGGAGAUAUGCUAGGGAGAGACCCCACGAACUCCAGGAGUUCUGAGGGUGGGUGGCAAGACAUCAGAUCCAUCAUUCCACUGGAUUCCUUAGUGGGUGAGAAGAGCAAUCUCCCGUCUCCCAAUCGGCCCGGGGAAACCAUGCCUGGCACCAUAUUGGACAGAGAUGCCACCACAGCAGCCAUGGUGACACCAAGACAAGAUGCCACCACACCACCCGCAAUGCCCACUCACCCUUCUCCAAGAAGAUCCAACGGGAGGAGGAGAUCACGCCCCCAGAAAGCCCGCCACCGGCAUAAGCAAACCCCACCGACGACUUUUGCCCCGGCAGAGACGUUUUCUGCUCGGCCAACUCAAGGAUCCGAAAUUAAGAUUCCCGACCAAGCGGGGAGUUCCCUGGUCCCUAUGGCUCGGGCUGGUGACCCAGCUAGUAUCUCAAAACGGUUGGAAGUGGAGAAGAACCCAGAGCCUGUCUCCAAGGGAACCCCAAGAAGGAAACACAGGAAGAGACCAAACAAACAUCACCCUACCACUUCGACGGUGAGCUGGAGAGCGUCCACGUCCAAGCCUAGCCCUUCUCCGGAAAAUAAAUACACAAAUGUCGUUGCUCCCACUUCAGAGACUACACCUUUGCCCAGAACUAUUCCUCUGAGAAAUGAGGAUUUGUAUGAAGAAUCUAGAGUGGGAGAUUCCAUGACAACCACCACAAAAGUACCUUCAUCUCACCAUAACGUCCGAGAGACGCCCCCGGUCACGUCUAAACCUGUAUCAGAUGGAGAAGAAAUUAAGGAUGAUGAUGUCACAGAUGUCAGAGACUAUAAAACUGACACUUUGGUCCCCGGUGAGGCGAUCAUUAGUGUCAUACCAACUUCUGGCUCCUUGGUCUCCACUGUGGAAGAAGUCUACACUGAGGAAGACUCCGGUCCUACAGGGUUUCCAGGAACUCUGAGCUGGAAUUCCCCAAAGACAGCCCAGACUGGGCGGCUGCAGACAGACACCCCUGUUACAGGUUCUAGAGAAAACCUUCCAGAUCCUCCCCUCUUGAAGGAGCUAGACGAUGGGGAUUUGGUUUCCGUGUCUCCACCUUCUGCUACAACAACCUCAACUCCAUCUCGACAACAGGAAGUUGCUGCUUCGACUGCUCUAGCAAGCAUGGAAGUAGAGUUGCCUUCAAGUCAGGCAGAAACAACCACCCACGGGCGGGAACGUCCCGGAACCACUGUGGCUGCCAUCCACACCGGAACCGGAUCCCAGAAUCACAUCCCGACUGCUGCUCCCAGGGAGAAGCCAACCUCCCUGUUCCCACCCGCGACCCUUGUGACUUGGGCACAAACCGCCGCUCAGCCGGCACUUACUAGCUCAAGAACAUCUCCAGCUUCUACAGAUGCCAAGGAAAAUGCUGUCUUGAAUUACGCGGGGAAUCCAGAGACCAAAGCACCCCCAGUGAGCAAGGAAGGGACCCAGCCCACAGUGAGGCCAAAUGAGUCAUCUACCACUUCUUCCAAGCAGGACGCAUCUGACUUGUCUCCAAAGCAAGAGCUGGGAGAGGAAGCAUCUGACAGUACGAGCAACAACAACAGUCUCCCACGCAGCCCAGAGAGUCCCCACCAAGUUGGGGGAGCCCAUGCCUCCUACCAACCAGCCGGAGUCCCUGCCAAACCUAUCCCACCACGGGGAACCCUUCGGCCACCCGAUACGGCCACACAAAGCUCCUUUAGGUAUUUCGUAACGUUACAGCCUUCCCGGCAUUUGACCAGCAAACCGCAAAUAACCACGUCUCCGUCCAGGGCUUUGCCAGGGAGCAAGCUCUUUUCCACUCCCAAAUUAUCGACGGCAACAAUUCCUGUUCCCUUGCACGUGUCCAAGCCCAACAUGUUUACCAAGUGGACUGACCAACUCAACGGCUACUCCAAGGUGUUUGGGAAUAAUAACCUUCCCGAGCCCAGACUCCCAGCUGGUAGGCUUCCAAAUUCAAGAGCUCCUCAUUACUCCAGCGGAAGGCUUCCUUUCUUUAUCAACAGGACACUCUCUUUCCCACAGCUGGGGGUCGCCGUGAAGCCCCCGACAUCCACCCCUCCUGCCCCGGUGACGCGGGAGAGGAUAGUCAACCUGGGUCCCUACAACAGGAUACAUUCCCAGAGCACCUUCCACCUGGACUUUGGUCCUCCCGCCCCUCCACAGCUGCAGCCUCCCCGGACCGUGGCGUCACCCUCCACUCACGCACAGAACACCCCACUGGUUUUCCCCACCCGAAGCUCCGUCCCCUUCGUGACGUCUUCUGUUCAGUCCUCUGGAAGCUUCCAUCAUAGUAGCUCGAAGCUCUUUGCAGGAGGACCCCCUGCGUCCAAAUUCUGGACCCCCGGGGAAAAGCCCCAGAUCAUCACCAAGUCCCCACAGACUGUGUCUGUCACCGCAGAGACAGAUGCCACGUUCCCGUGUGAGGCGACGGGGAACCCCAAGCCCUUCGUUACGUGGACCAAGGUUUCCACAGGGGCCCUGAUGACUCCCAACACCAGGAUACAGCGGUUCGAGGUCCUCAAGAACGGCACCUUGGUCAUCCAGAAGGUGCAGGUGCAGGACCGCGGCCAGUACCUGUGCACGGCCAGCAACCUGCACGGGCUGGACCGCAUGGCGGUCCUGCUGUCGGUCACGGUGCAGCAGCCUCAGAUCCUGGCUUCCCACUACCAGGACGUCACCGUCUACCUGGGAGACACCAUCGCCAUGGAGUGCCUGGCCAAGGGGACCCCUGCUCCCCAAAUCUCCUGGAUCUUCCCGGACAGGAGGGUGUGGCAGACCGUGUCCCCCGUGGAGGCCAGGGUCACGCUGCACGAAAACCGCACCCUGUCCAUCAAGGACGCGUCGUUUUCAGACAGAGGCGUGUACAAGUGCGUGGCCAGCAACGCGGCGGGCGCGGACAGCCUGGCCAUCCGCCUGCACGUGGCGGCGCUGCCCCCGGUCAUCCAGCAGGAAAAGGCGGAGAACAUCUCGCUGCCGCCCGGGCUCAGCGUCCACAUCCACUGCACGGCCAAGGCGGCGCCGCUGCCCAGCGUGCGCUGGGUGCUCUGGGACGGGACGCACGUGCGCCCCUCGCAGUUCCUGCGCGGGAACCUGUUCGUCUUCCCCAACGGCACGCUCUACAUCCGCAACCUGGCGCCCAAGGACAGCGGGCGCUACGAGUGCGUGGCCGCCAACCUGGUGGGCUCCGCGCGCAGGACGGUGCAGCUGACGGUGCAGCGCGCCGCCGCCCACGCGCGCAUCACCGCCGCCUCCCCGCGCAGCAGCGACGUGCGCUACGGCGGCACCCUGAGGCUGCACUGCAGCGCCUCGGGCGACCCCUGGCCGCGCGUCCAGUGGAGGCUGCCGUCCAAACGCAUGGUGGACGCGUUCUUCAGCUUUGAUUCCAGAGUCAAAGCGUUCGCCAACGGCACCCUGGUGGUGACUUCCGUGACCGACAAAGACGCCGGGGACUACCUGUGCGUGGCGCGCAACAAGGUGGGCGAUGACUACGUGACGCUCCAGGUGAACGUGGUGAUGAAACCCGCCAAGAUCGAGCACAAAGAGGACAACGACCACAGGGUCUUCUACGGGGGCGACCUCAAGGUGGACUGCGUGGCCACGGGGCUGCCCAACCCCGAGAUCUCCUGGGGCCUCCCGGACGGCAGCCUGGUCAACUCCUUCAUGCAGGCGGACGACAGCGGCGGGCGCGCCAAGCGCUACGUGGUCUUCAACAACGGCACACUCUACUUCAACGAGGUGGGCAUGCGCGAGGAAGGGGACUACACCUGCUUCGCCGAGAAUCAGGUGGGCAAGGACGAGAUGCAGGUCCGGGUCAAGGUGGUGGCGGAGCCCGCAGCCAUCCGGAACAAGACGUACCUGGUGCUCCAGGUGCCCUACGGAGGCGUGGUCACCGUGCCUUGCGCCGCCAAAGGAGAGCCGGUGCCUAAGGUGACGUGGCUGUCCCCCACGAACAGGCUGAUCCCCGCGUCCUCGGAGAAGUACCAGGUCUACCAGGACGGGACUCUCCUCAUCCAGAAAGCGCAGCGCUCCGACAGCGGAAACUACACCUGCCUGGUGAGGAACAGCGCGGGGGAGGACAGGAAGACCGUGUGGGUCCACGUCCUGGUGCAGCCGCCCUCAAUCAACGGCCGCUCGGACCCCAUCACCACCGUGCGCGAGGUCGCCGCGGGGGGCAGUCGCAAGCUCGUGGACUGCCGGGCGCAGGGCGUCCCCGCGCCGAGGGUCCUGUGGGCUUUCCCAGAAGGCGUCGUGCUGCCGGCGCCUUACUCCGGCAACCGCGUCAGCGUGCACCGCAACGGCACGCUGGACAUCCGGGAGCUGAGGAAGAGCGACUCCGGGCAGCUGGUGUGCAUCGCGCGCAACGAGGGCGGCGAGGCGCGCCUGGCGGUGCAGCUCACCGUCCUGGAGCCCGUGCGCAAGCCCGUGUUCCACGACCCCACCAGCGAGAAGAUCACCGCCACCGCGGGCCACACCAUCAGCCUCAACUGCUCGGCCGCGGGGACCCCGGCGCCCACCCUUGCGUGGGUCCUCCCCAACGGCACGGAGCUGCAGAGCGGCCGGCGGCUGCAGCGGUUCUUCCACAAGGGCGACGGCAUGCUGCACAUCAGCGGCCUGUCCCCCGCGGACGCCGGGGCGUACCGCUGCGUGGCCAGGAACGCCGCGGGCCACUCGGAGAGGCUGGUGUCGCUGAAGGUGGGGCUGAAGCGCGGCGAGGCGGGCAGCCAGCACCGCAAUCUGGUGAGCAUCAUCAACGGAGAGACCCUGCGGCUCCACUGCGCCGCCCCGGGUGACGGGCGGCGGCCGGCACGUUUCUCCUGGACGCUUCCCAACGGCGUGGUCUUGGAGGGUCCCCACGCGCUGGGGCGCUUCUGGCUCUCGGACAACGGCACGCUCACGGUGCGCGAGGCCUCGGUGUUCGACCGGGGCACCUACUCGUGCCGGGUGGAGACGGAGCAGGGCCCCUUGGUCACCAGCGUGUCGGUCAUCGUCAUCGCCUACCCGCCGCGCAUCACCAGCGAGCCCGCGCCGGUCAUCUACGCGCGGCCCGGGCACACCGUCAAGAUCCACUGCAUGGCCAUGGGCAUCCCCAAAGCGGAGAUCACCUGGGAGCUGCCGGACAAGUCCCACCUGACGGCGGGGGCGCAGGCGCGUCUCUACGGCAACCGGUUCCUGCACCCGCAGGGAGCGCUGAGCAUCCAGCACGCCUCGCAGAGGGACGCGGGCUUCUACAAGUGCACGGCCAAAAACGUCUUGGGGAGUGACUCCAAAACGACCUACGUCCACGUCUUCUGAGCGGCCUAAAUCGGGGCAAUGCAGGUGGCCGAGCUUUUGACUGCUGCGGUUUGCAAGCCACGCCCCAAAGCUGGGGGAGGGGGGAAUUUGUCUUGGGGCCUCCCCCGUUGCGUUUCAGACGGAGGUUACCCUUAACCGGGGCUCCUUGGGCAAAGGGAUUUAAGCAGACCCAGGCAGGAGGGCUCCGCCUCCCUGGGAUCUUUGCUUUGUGGCUUCAAGGUUUACCUGGCUGCACCUGUAACUUCUACCCCGCUGCCUCCCUUGGGGUCCGUAGGGUGCGGUGCAAAGCCAAACAUUCGCUGAAAAGAAGCCGUAGUAGAUGUUAGCAACAAAGGUGCCUUGCUAUCCCAAGAGAGAUGCACCCUCCAGUUAAUCUGCUGCAGUUUUAACGCGAUAGAAUCUUCCGGAAGGAGAACUCUUCUUCACCUUCCUGUUCCUUCCUCUGUCACUUCAGAACUCCAGCUUGCCCAAGUAGCGGUUUAGAACCAGAAGGACUGAUGUCUUUUUUUUUUUUUUAAUCCGCACUUUCAUACGUUACAGCUACCCAUUUUAUAAGAACAAAGAAAGAAAAAAAAAAAACCUUUGCUCCCUGGAACUCACUUUUU